AUGGCGCAACUUCAGCAAAUGUUGGAGAUACUUGUUAAGAGUGGAUGCAAUGCAUCCAUUCACACGUCAGUGGAGUCCGCCCCUGUGGGAUGCACUAUAAAUAACCGCUCCCCAGCUCCAGGCAUACAGACCCGACUGCCUGCCGAUAUGAGUGCCGUUUCUCUGUUCGCGCUCGCCUCCUUCUUCCUUGCAGCCUCCGGCCAGCAGCCCACAUUCUCUCGCGGUUUGAACCGGGACGGGCGAUGCAUUUACUCCUUCACGGUGCCGAGCCCGGUCGAGACGAGCUGCUCCGAGCCCGGGGAAGUUCUGAAAACCGUGCGGGAGAUGCAGAGGGAGGGGGCUGCCCAGCAGAGGGAGGUGGAGUCACUGGGACAGCGGCUGAAGGUCCUGGAGCGCUGGGUUGCCGGUCAGGAGGAGAGGGGUAGCCAAGGAGUCCGGAACGAUGUCAGGAGCCUGCAGAUGGAAAAGUUGGACUUGCUGCGGAGGCUGGAGCGCGCCGAACAGGAGAAUGCCCGGCUCCGGGACGGCCAGUGUCCCGGCUUGCGAGAAACUCCCCAGGACUCUCACCACAUCGUUCCUGGGGGGAGACAAGAUUUCUUCAAUUUAUCUUCUCGACAGAAAGCGCAGUCUCGCCAGGAAGCGUCCAGCUGGAGCUUUGAAAAUUCCAGGUACCAAGAGCUGAAAUCGGACAUUAUUACAGAGAUUCCCGCUUCCAAACUGAUACAGCAGAGUAAAUCUGGAACCUCACUCACAACGCAACAACCCCCAGGUUGUGGAAUGUUGGAAUGGGUGGGAGAACCAGUGACAUUCCAGAAGGCUGACUCCAUUGCAGGCAGGUAUGGAGUUUGGAUGAAGGAUCCCGAACCUGUGCCACCUCACAGCAGGGAGCACAUCUGGAGAAUCAACACUGUUGGCACUGAUAUACGGCGGCUCUAUGAAUACCAAGACCUUGAUCAGUUCAUGAAAGGUUAUACCAGCAAAGUUUACCUGUUACCACAACCAGUGGAAAGCACAGGAGGCAUCAUUUACAGAGGAUCCUUGUUUUACCAGAAACGGAGGUCGAGGAGCUUACUGAGAUUUGAAAUGAAAACAGAGACAAUUUUAGUUCAGAAGGACUUGCCUAACGCAGGUUACCGGGGAACUUUUCCAUACUCCUGGGGUGGCUAUACAGACAUCGACUUUGCUGUGGAUGAGCUAGGUGUUUGGGUCACCUAUAGCACCAGUCAGGCUCAUGGAGCCAUUGUGAUCUCCAAACUGGACCCCAACACCCUAGAAGUAGAACAGACAUGGACCACAGCUAUUCGCAAAAGAGCGGUUGCCAAUUCUUUCAUUAUCUGUGGAAUUCUAUACACUCUUAACAGUUAUUCCAUUCAAAAUGCCAUCAUCAAUUUUGCUUACAACACUAACACAAACAGCAGCAAGCCACUGGCCAUUCCAUUUGAGAACCACUACCGAUACAACAGCAUGGUUGAUUACAAUCCAGCAGAAAAGAAGAUACUGGCUUGGGACAAUUUCAACAUGGUUAUGUAUGACAUUAAACUUUCCAAGAUAUGAAGGCUACAGAACAUCUCCCAUACACAAACAGCUGCAUAAUUUUCUUUUUUUUGUAUAUGCAUGUAUAGACCAUGGCUAGUUCUUAAAGCACUGCAGUAAGUUGUACACUUAUUCCAGAACAGAACAUAUAAUGGCAAACUGAAUAGUAAAAUAAUCAUUGAAACAAGGAAGAAAUACUACAGAUGCUGGAAAUCUGGGUUCCAAUGCAAGGACACAGAUCUGAAAUGUUUAGCUUCUUUCCUAAUAUGUUGCUAGAUUCGAUUCAAGUUUGUCCAGCAUUUUCGGUUACAAUAUUAUUAAGCCAAAGUUUGAACUGUUGUAAUACCAGUGUAUAUUGAUUAAAACUCCAGAUACAAAUAGUUAAGGUAAUACAUGCAAAAUCUGUUCUCUAAUCUUGACCACAUCCUCAGUAUAAACCAAUGGCAGCAUUUUGUAAAAGCUGAAAUUGAACUGCAUUUGUUAUAUUAAACAAGUCUCUUCCAGAUACUUUCUAUUGUCAAGAAUUUAAAAUAGGAGGAAAAUAAUGUGGAAGGAAUCUAAAAUUUGAUCAAGUGGAAAAUGUUAAACUUAUGCAGACAGACAUAGAACCAUAGAAACUACAGCACAAAAACAGGCCCUUAGGCCCUUUGGCCCUUCUUGGCUGUGCCGAACCAUUUUCUGCCUAGUCCCACUGACCUGCACACGGACCAUAUCCCUCCAUACACCUCCCAUCCAGGUAUCUGUCCAAUUUAUUCUUAAAUGUUAAAGAACCCGUAUUUACCACCUCGUCUGGCAGCUCAUUCCAUACUCCCACCACUCUCUGUGUGAAGAAGACCCCCCUAAUGUUCCCUUUAAACUUUUCCCCCCUCACCCGUAACCCAUGUCCUCUGGUUUUUUUCUCCCCUUGCCUCAGUGGAAAAAGCCUGCUUGCAUUCACUCUAUCUAUACCCAUCAUAAUUUUAUAUACCUCUAUCAAAUCUCCCCUCAUUCUUCUACGCUCCAGGGAAUAAAGUCCUAACCUAUUCAACCUUUCUCUGUAACUGAGUUUCUCAAGUCCCG